AUGAGGCGGGUUCCAAGACUAUCGGAACGACACAAAGUCGCACGCCUCCAAUUCGCCAUGAAAAAUGCCUCAUUCGAUUGGAUGAAGGUAAUCUGGAGCGACGAAAAGAAGUUCAAUCUAGACGAACCUGACAGUAGAAGAGGAUAUUGGAGGGAUCUGCGCAAAGCACCCUUGGUUUUGAGGCGACGUAAUUUCGGUGGAGGAUCUCUCAUGGUUGGCGCCUUUUGUGCGGCUGGACAGCUUGAACUUGCUUUUGUUUCCUGUCGUAUGGAUUCCGUAGAAUACCAGAGAGUGCUGGAGGAGCGACUUUUACCAUUUCUCCGACAACACCGUCGUCGUUCAUUGAUUUUUAUGCACGAUAACGCGGCUGUCCAUGUCAGUCGUUCCACUUCGGAUUGGAUUGAAAGUAGAAACAUCACAGUUCUCGAGUGGCCCGCAUGUUCUCCAGACUUGAAUCCAAUGGAGAAUNUCUGGGCCUUCAUUGUCAAGAAGAUUUACGGCGAAGCAAAGCAGUACAACACAGUCGAAGAGCUCAAAUUGUCCGUCCCCGACGCUUGGACAAACUUAGACCCCAAUUUGAUAGCUAGCUUGGAUGAGAGCAUGCCAAGACGCAUUGGUGAAGUCCUUGCGAAUAAUGGAGGACCAACACAUUAUUGA